AUGCGUCUGGUGAACCAGGGACCUGUGAGUGAAAACCCAUCCUUAGAAGACUUGCUGAGGAGAGAUGGAGUGGUUGUGGAAAUUGUACCAGAGAAAAAGGGUCUUCUCUUCCUCAAACAUGUGGAAUAUCGUCUGAUCAGUAAGUGUUUUAAGGUUGCAGUCCAUCGCAGAUACAGUGACUUUGAUGUGUUCCACUCUCUGCUGCUGCAAAGGUUUAUCUACCGAAUGGUCCCUCCUCUUCCUCCGAAACGCAUUUUCAAAGGAGUGCUGAAUUCCAUGUCAGAGAGGGAGUUUAUAGAGGUUCGUUGCCGUGGGUUACAGAGGUUCAUGACCCUGGUGAUGCGACACCCAGUCAUCUCAGAAGAUGAGCUGCUUAUUAUCUUCAUGACUGCAAGCAGUGCAGAUGUUCAAAUCAAACUGCGGGAAGCAUUUAAGAGGACUGGGGAUGAAUACAUGAUGUACCAAAUGUCCUCACAAUGCAGGGUUCAUUUUCCAGAUGACAUACACGCUCAGACUGCAUCCAGUCGUGAGGUCGUUGAAAACCUCCUGGCCAGUUUUCACAGGCUCCGGAACAUGGUGGAAAGAAUGGCCCAGCGUUCACGAGAAAACUCUACAGAUCUGCUCAUGUUUGGGAAGGACCUGAGUUCACUAGGCUCUGAAACAUCUCACCCUCCGCCUUCCACACCUUCUGGUGUGGAAACACCAAGCUCUGUAAGGAAAACCCAGAGGCCAUCACUGGGGGAGGAAUUCAACUUACUGGCUGAAAAAGCAGCUAAACAGGGGAGCCGAGAGGCAAAUGAAGUUGUGGAAAAACUGAACGUGUUCCUUGAAAUGCUCCAGUCAUACAAAGACCUCUGUGUCAGACAUGAGAGUGGGGUGUUUUUGGAGCAUCAGAGUGCCCUUCAGAAACACAACAUGAAUUCAGUUAUGUGCACAAGAGACCAAAGGCAAACAGACCAGCUGGAGUCUCGUAUCGCUCAGCAGGAAAAUGCCAUUGUUACCAUGGAGAUGAGGAGCUACUUCUCUCUUCAUUGUCUGCAUCAGGAGACUCAGUAUGUCUUUAUGUACUUGCCCCACAUGUUGCAGGUACUGGGCGACUUUGUUCACUCACAGAUACAGGGACACAAAGAGAUGCAUGAAGUAUGGAGUGAACUACACCCUAAACUGACCAAGCUAUAUGAGGGCACCAACAAGACGCCCAUGUGUCCCCUGAAUCCUCUACAGACGCCCAACACACAGAGUCUACUUCAUACAUCCACUCCCCAGAGCCUACUCCUUCAGACAUCCAGUCCAAGACAACGACGCACAACCGCCAUUUUCUCCCAGUUCUGUCCGUCUGAAAAGCCAGAUGAAAAGAUGGUGAACUGA